ACAACAUAGAAUGUAGGGGUUUAGUACUCAAGUGGUGUGCUUCCAUAGCAUACAAAGCUCGCUAAUAGAAUCAAUCAAAUCGCAGUCGAAGUAGAAGUGAUGGCAGCUUUCCACUCGAAGAUUUCAGCUCUCGCGGGCAUCUGCCUGCUGUUUGCACUGCAGGCGCAUGCGUACACAAUGAGCGACAUGUGCGCACAAUGGUCGAGCGAUGGAUACGUUGGCAACCCUACCAAUUGCAGCAAAUGGGGCUACUGUAGUGGCCAGAAACUGGUUGGAGAGGGCGCUUGCGCCUCCGGUUUAGUCUACGAUUCGAAGACCGCCACCUGCCAGUACAACACGAAGGUGGCAUGCUCGACCAGCAUGACAGAGACAUGCAAGGUGUUGAAGACGCCCGUCUAUCUGGCCGAUCCCAAUGAUUGCCAGAGCUACUCGUACUGCUUUGGCAAUGGUACCGCAUUGACAGGCAAGUGUCCGGCUGGUCAAACUUAUGCCGCCAGCACCACUUCGUGCGUGUGGGGUCCCGACUGCCAGCAGGACAGCAUUUGCCGCUUCAUGAAGAACAACAUCUAUGUGGGCGAUCCGACCACUUGCGGCAACUAUAUUGCUUGCGUCGACGGCUACGGUACCUCCUCCACAUGUGGCACCAAUGAUGAUGGUGCGACGCUCUACUACAACAAAGCCACCGGCAACUGUCAGCCAACCAAUCCAUGCAGCAGCAGUGGUGGCGACACCAGCACCGACACUGGCACGGUCACUCCGGCUCCGAUCAACACAAGCGGUUGCCCCGCUUUAUCCACAAGCUCGACUAGCAGCACCAGCUCUACUGAAUCUACCGCAACCGAAGCCGAUGCUGAGGACACCACCUCCUCUGACGACACUGAUGCGACCACCGAAUCCUCGAGCACAGUCAAGUAUGUGGCCGACAACACAACGUGCUACGGUUUCUACAGUUGCCUGGAGAGUUCCUAUGGCAAAUGGGGUGCAUGUCCAUAUGGCACUGAAUUCGAUGCCACCGCGCAGAAGUGCGUCUCACCCGCCGCCAUCGUCUGCACAUACGAUCGUUGCGCCAACACCAAUAUGACCUAUGCUGCUGUGCCGAACACAAAUUGCAACAAAUACACUUACUGUCCGAAUGGCUCCGUUGGCACUUGCCCCACUGGCUAUCUGUACUUCGAUGAGCGCUAUGGCAAGUGUGUGCCCACUAAACCAGACACCGCAAUUUGUGCCACCGCCACCGCAACCACCACCGCAUUUCGAGGAGUCCUGAUUGGGCUUGUCCUGGCGCUCGUGGGCGCCGCCAAUGCCGGCAGCAUGAUUGCUGAUUUCCCGUAUUUGGCGGUGCGCGAGAUGUGCGAUUUGUUGCCCUCGGUGACGAGUUUCUUGCGUCCCAACACCUGCAACUAUUGGGUGCGCUGUGCGUCGCAAGAUGUCAGCCUGGAGGAGGGCACUUGCGCCGAUGGCUUGAACUUCAACCGCAACACAGGACGUUGCGUUAUGGCUGCCAAUGUGGAGUGUCCCUAUGCCGAUCAACUGAACAGCACCACAAGCGUUGUCAACAAGUGUGCCAACGAGACGGACGGCACUUUCCUUGCCGAUGACAGCAGCAGCAACUGCCAGGGUUACAUUCUGUGCAAAUCACGUCGCGAAGUCAAGUCCAACUGUCCCAACGAAUUGCUCUUCAAUCCCCUCUCACGCUCUUGCGUCUAUUCCAAUCAAUACACUUGCCCCACCGCUGGCAAGGUGACCAAAUCGCCUGCUUGCCUCUCGCUGUCCAACGCCACUCGGCUGGCCAAUGAGGAGCAUUGCAACAAGUAUUACAUCUGCUUGAAUGACGUACUCCACGAACGCGAGUGUGAGAAUCAAAUGGCCUACGAUGUUGCUUUGGGUCGCUGUGUUCCAGCGUUGAAUGCCACCUGCUAUGCCACCGCAAAGUUGCCACCCCCAGAGAACACAUUCUGCCUGACAAAUGGCACCGCGCGUCGUGGUUACUUUGCGGAUGAGGAGUCAUGCAGUCGUUACUACAUCUGCGGUGCACCCACCAAUGGCAAACACGACACCAAUCCACAGCAUCUGCAGUGCAGCCCCGGCAUGUUCUUUGACGAGGAGAAACUCUCGUGUCGCGAUCGCCUCAACGUUCGCUGUCUGCUCGAUCGUUGCGCCGAGACCAAUCUCAGCUAUGUGAAUGUGGCUGGCGAUUGCCAGACCUACGCUCGCUGCUCCGGUGGCGCCACCGUUGGCACUGGACGUUGCCCCAACGACUACUACUUCGAUGAGCGCAGCCAGGGCUGCACUCCCGUCAACCACAACUAUGUCCGAAUUGAGCGUUUGGCCAUAGGGGAGCAGCUCAUAGUGGAUGAUUCCCUGCUAAUCCCACCAAACACACAGAAGAACCUCCUGGCCGUCAAUCCAGGCUUGGCCACCGUCUGGGCAGCUUCACCGCUUUUCGACCACGACCGUUUGCGCUUCACGUUAUCUGAGAGAAUUCACAUGGAAAUACGCGUCCAUUUCGCAUUGCUAGUGGGCAUCUGUUUGGGCGCGGCCCAGCCAGUGGAGGAGGCUGUGAACAUUGAAAUCGCCGAUCUGAGUCAUCUUUGUACUGGACGUACUGAAGACAACUUGGUGCCGCAUCCUUACGAUUGCAAUGCAUAUUUUGCCUGCUCGACGGUGCCUGAACUUUUUUACUGCGACCAAGGAUUGAUAUUCGAUGCCAAUCGAUUGGAAUGCGAUGUGCCCGAGCGUGCUCUGUGUAAUGCGAAAGAGGCACAGCAGCUGAGCACGAGCAGCCCGAACAGUGGUUAUCUAGAUGGUGGCAAACAAUCGCAGAUGGAUGUCAAUUGGUGGGAACACAAGCCACAUCCAGUCUUUGUGGCCGUCGAUGUGGCCACUGGCCUGGCGGUUAGUCCCAUGGACAGAUACGAUCCGAAGCAUGUGGAGUGUCGGCACUUUGGUGCCUACUUCUUGCCACAUCCCAGCAAUUGCCAGAUGUACUUCAUAUGCGCCUACGGACAUUUGCAUCGCCAUCAGUGUGGCUUGGGCACGCUGUGGAACUACAAGAGCUCCGAGUGUCAGCUGAGCGCAAGUGCCGAGUGCUAUGGCCACAACAGCUUGCAGCCGGGCAAGCAAACCGAGGUGACAACGAGCACAACGCCUGGCCAGGUGACUGUCUGCUAUAUUGUGAGCACCAGCUUGUCGGGUAGCAACAGCAGUAGCAACAACAGCAGCAGCAGCAACUUCCCCAACAUCUUCUCCAGCAGCAGCAGUAGCAGCUUGCCCAGCAGCAGCAGCGAGUCAACCACAACUACUGUGACCGCUCCAUCGCCUCCGCGUGCGCCACAGAACGCACUCACCUGCCCAUCGGAGCGUCAGAGUUAUCUGCCACAUGCAGGCGACUGCAGCAAGUAUUAUAUUUGCAUUGCCGGCAUGCCAGUGUUGACAUCCUGCCCCAAGGGUCUGUUCUGGGAUCAGAAGUCAGGCUACUGCGACCAAGCCAAGAAUGUCAAGUGCUUUCAGAAUGAGUAAAUAAAUGGCUGUUUACUGAAUUUAACAUAAC